AGAACUACUUUGUGAGCUAAAGACCUAUGAAAUUAUGGGAGGUGGUAGAGCGGUCUGCAGACUUGCCUCCGAGUCUCUCGUUCAGCCUGAAGUUGCUGCAGAUCAACUAGACUGGCAGUCAGACAGGGAUACUGGAUGUGGAUGAGAGAAAGGACAAACUGAAAUCCUUGGGGACAAAACGGAACCUGCAUCAGCCUCUCACCAACCCUAGUUUUGAUGCCUGAGUAACCUACAGGAGAGGAUGACACUUUCGAUGUCAGAGCUGCACUUGUGGGCCCAGGAUUUGGAGAAGUGGAGAGAAGGUCUGAUGGGAGUUGAAGGAGCUGCAGGUCCAGCUUCUUCCCCAUGCCAGCAAGGGUGCUGGAAAUGUAAACAAGAAUAGACUGUUCAUUCCUGAUGGCUUUUAGUCUAUACUAACAUAUUGUUUGUCAUGGCAUCCGAGACUGAAAAGACCCAUGCUUUACUGCAGACUUGUAGCACUGAAUCUCUUAUUUCCAGCCUUGGUCUGGGGGUAUUUUGCCUCGUAGCUGACAGACUUCUCCAGUUUUCCACAAUUCAGCAAAACGACUGGCUUCGUGCUCUCUCAGAUAAUGCAGUACAUUGUGUAAUUGGCAUGUGGUCAUGGGCGGUAGUCACUGGAAUCAAGAAGAAGACUGACUUCGGAGAAAUCAUUUUAGCUGGAUUUUUAGCCUCUGUUAUUGAUGUAGACCACUUUUUUCUAGCUGGAUCCAUGUCUUUAAAGGCUGCUUUGACUCUUCCACGAAGACCUUUCCUUCACUGUUCUACUGUGAUACCCAUUGUGGUUCUGACCCUGAAAUUUACUAUGCACCUUUUUAAGCUCAAAGACUCAUGGUGCUUUCUUCCCUGGAUGUUAUUUAUAUCCUGGACUUCACAUCAUAUCCGAGAUGGGAUUCGUCAUGGUUUGUGGAUAUGCCCAUUUGGAAAAACUUCUCCUUUGCCAUUCUGGCUUUAUGUAAUAAUCACAUCAUCUUUACCUCACAUCUGUUCAUUCGUUAUGUAUUUAACAGGAACCAGACAAAUGAUGUCUUCAAAACAUGGAGUUCGUAUUGAUGUCUGAGGUAACCACACGGCAGUCUUAGAGAAGCAAAUGGCUCAGAUGAUGAUAAUUAAGAGUAGCCAACAUUAAAGUUAAUUUUUAAAAAUACAGUUAGGUGUUUACAUUAUUUACUUAUUAUAAUUCUGGAAUCCUCUUGCUCAGGAAGCAUGUACAACUUUUUAAAAAAUUAUACUUGUUAUUAUUCUACUUCUCUCUUCUAUGACAACUCUAGUGCAAUAUUAGAGUUUCAUUUAUUCCACACACACUUGAUCUUAGCCAAAAGGCCGAGAAGCGAUCAUUUAUUCCACGAUAUAUUUUUAUUGUUUUUUUCUGUGUAUCUGGCUUUACUAGUAGUUCUUUUAGAUUAACAUCCAGUUCAUUUUCUGGAAAUAUACCUGGAAUUUAGUCCAUUUCCUAAUGAAAAACAGCUCAAAUUUUAGGGUAACUAGUUUGUAAAGAGUUAACAUUAUAUUUGGAUCCAAUUUUCUUGAGAUAUUGAAAUAGUGAAAUCACCAAAUAAAUGAUAUGAAUCAUUUAACUAUACAAAUGUAUAGUUAAUGCUAACAUGUAUUUAUUUUCAUAUAUGUUGAUCCUGAGUGAAAUUUAAUUUGCAGAAUGCUUUAUGAGUUAUGAUUACUGGCAAAACCUUCAGAACACUUGUGACACAUCAUUAUAAUAUCCAGUAGCUAACAUUAGAUCUAGCUUAUUAUUUCAGAAAUUAAUUUAGGAAAUAAUUAUUAAAACAUGUUGGCUACAGUAACACUUUACUGAAGUAGUAUUUUUUAGUAUCUCUAGCCUAGAAUCUCAUGUGUCAGUUUUAACUGUUUUGAAAAACAUAACUAAAUGUAAUAUUUGUUAAUAAGUAACAUUAACAAAAUAUUGAUAUUGGGAUCAUAACCAUAACAUUUGAAUUCAUGCAAAAAAAAGACCAGAAAUGUCAUUUCAGAUGUAAAUUCCUGAAUGUACCAUUAAAAUUGUUUUAGUUGCUAUCAGUUUGUUUAUAUACUAUUUUAUAUACUAUUCUAUUUUACUCUGCCUGAUACUGAAAGACAGCAUAUAUUUUUUUCAAAAUAAAGUUUUAGGAAAUUUGCUUUUUCCUUUUUCUUUCAGGUUGAUCUUCUAUUAAAAUGAUUCCUCUUUAUUAGAGAAGGAAAAUUUAGUUGCUAUACAUCUUAUAUUUGCACAGUUUAUUAAAAUCCGUGCCCUAAAGGUACCUGCUUUUCUCUGUGGCAUAUAUGGCACCUGCUGUCUUCAGAUUUUCUUACAGUUUUGUGAUUUAUAAUGCUAGUGAUUGGUGCCUUAUUCUCUGAGGAAAGAUGGAGGGUUCAUAAAGCAAUGCCUUAUCCACAGCAGAUUUUCUUGUAUAUCAAGUUAAACAGAAUUCUGUAAAUUAUUAUGAAGGUUCAAGCUCUUUAGGGGAGUUUUUUUUCUUGUUGUUAACAAAUUGGUUGCAAUCUAUUAUAUUUUGCAAUUGAUUAGAUACUACAGUCUACUUAUUUUUCAAGAGUAAUUAUUGUAUAAGUUUGGUUGGUAUAAUGGUAAAUAUUAUAUAGUGGGGGAAAAUUUGAUUAGAGUUUUUUUUAAGCAUCUGACUUCAGAAACCCAUGGAAAUAAAGUCUGUAUCUUGUGUAACAA